AAAUGCACCAAGCCACGGGAAUACUAAAGCAGUGGUCACAAGCAACUUUGGAAUUGAAAGGAAAGUUGUUUGUGGAAGUAAGGUACAAGGGCACAGAAAAGACACUUCCUUUGUUUGUCAUUCAAGGGCAGGGCAUUAGUCUGCUGGGACGAGACUGGUUUGAACCACUAGGGAUAUCAGUGGAGGGGAUACAUGGCAUACAGUUGCAGUCUCUGGAGGACAUCUUGACUGAAUAUGCAGAGGUUUUUCAGGACAUUGGUGCCUGCCGAGCAGCCCCAAUCUCUAUUGACAUUGAUUCCACAACGACCCCACGUUUCUUUAAGGCACGGCCAGUUCCUUUUGCUUUACGGCCACAACUAGAUGAGGAGCUGGAUAAGUUAGUGGCACAAGGGAUUUUCGAACCUGUGCGACAUGCAAGAUGGGCCACACCCAUAGUGACAGUAGCAAAAAAGGAUGGGGGUCUGAGAAUUUGCGGUGACUAUCGUUCCACGGUGAAUACAGCUGUUAAGCCGGAUGUGUACCCUUUACCCACAGCAUCUGAACUUUUCUCAAAACUAGCUGGGGGAGUAUUCUUCACUAAACUUGAUUUGAAACAAGCUUACCAACAACUUCCAGUGGAUGACAAAGCAGCAGACUUGCUAACUAUUAACACCCAUCGUGGCCUUUUCCGACCUCGGCGAUUGCAGUUUGGAGUGUCAACAGCUGUUUCAAUUUUUCAGAGAUUUAUGGACACUCUGUUCGCUGGAAUUCCAGGAGUCCAGCCAUAUCUGGAUGAUAUCCUAAUUUCAGGUAAAUCCAUGGAAGACCACAAUGCGCAGCUAAAGGCUGUUUUGAAGCGUCUUGCAGAAGCUGGUCUGAGGCUGCAAAAAGAGAAAAGCAUUUUUGCAGCGACUCAAGUUGAGUUUUUGGGGUUUCGAGUGGAUAAGGAUGGAGUUAAGCCAACUCGUGAAAAAGUGGAGGCUAUUCAAAAAGCCCCGGCUCCACGGAACAAAACAGAGCUCCAGGCCUUUUUGGGGCUACUGAACUUUUAUAACUGUUUCCUUCCCCACAAAGCUACAGUCAUGGAACCCCUGCAUCGCUUGCUGGACCACUCUGCCACGUGGCAGUGGGGAGUCAAACACGAAACAGCUUUUACGCUAGCAAAACAGCUGUUGCAAACAGAUAAGGUGCUGGUGCAUUAUGACGGGAGUCGUGUGGUGGGAUCGGGGCAGNCUAGCAAUUAUCGCAUGCAUAGGGGCGUCUGGCACCAUUUCCGUAGCAAAACUCCAAGGGUGGGGUGUAGCGGAAGCCGUGUUGUGGUUCCGGACUUGGCGAGGGCAGAAGUACUUGCCAUGUUACAUGAUGCUCAUCCUGGCAUUGUGCACAUGAAAGGACUCGCAAGGAAUUAUGUGUGGUGGUCAGGUAUGGACAAGGAUAUAGAGGAGACUGUAAGAGCAUGUGAUACCUGUCAGAAGUCACGUCAUGCACCACCCAGGGCAAAGGUGCACCCUUGGGAAUGGACAACGAAAAGAUGGUCGAGGUUACACAUUGACUUAGCAGGCCCCUUUCAAGGUAAACUAUUUCUCGUAGUAGUGGAUUCGCAUAGCAAAUGGCUCGAAGUAUCUCUGAUGAGCUCCAUGUCAUCGUCUGCUGUUAUUAACACACUGAGGCUUCUUUUUGCAACACACGGCUUGCCUGAUGUCAUAGUAUCAGAUAAUGGGGCUGCUUUCACCUCUGCAGAGUUCCAGGAGUUUGCUGAACAGAAUAGCAUUCGACACGUCACCACAGCUCCGUAUCAUCCAAGUUCAAACGGACAAGCUGAGCGCAUGGUGCAGACAGCGAAGGAGUCUCUCUACCGCUUCACCAAAGGUGAUUGGCAAACUCGACUUGCUCGCUUCCUGCUGUCACAGCACGUCACACCCAACUCGGCAACAGGUAAAAGCCCUGCUGAGUUGCUCAUGAAUCGACGACUAACCACUGCCCUUGACAGGCUACACCCUGAUUAUGAAAGCGACAUGCACCACAGGCAGGAACUAAGUGCUGACAAAUGCCAGGACACUGUAAGGAAAUUCAAACUGAAUGACAUGGUGUACAUGAGGAAUUACACCAAGGACUCUAAAUGGAUACCGGGGAUCAUUGUGGACAUCACAGGUCCUUUGUCGUACAAGGUCAGUGCCUAUGAUGGACAGGUACACAGAAGGCAUGUUGAUCAGCUACGGAAAAGAGUGACAACUGUUGCCAACUCGUCAAGGCCAGAGCCCAAUGGCUACACUGAUCGUUUACCUGAGACUGUAGCAUCUGGAAUGCCUGAGCCACAGCCACCAGCACCAAAUGAGGGAAGCCUUGAACCUUCUGAGAAUGGAAAUGGGUCGGAAGACAUAUCUGGGACUCCUGGCCUGCGGAGGUACCCUGUAAGAGAUCACUAUCCUCCAAAAAGAUUUGCAGACUUUCUGGACUGGGGAAAAGGAGUGUAAUGUAUUGGGUAACUGUUGUUUGGGGAUGUUUCUUUAAGAGAG